UAGUGAGACUUCGUGUUAUCCGUUAUAUGAGUGUGUUCACCAAACGGGAGUUUGACCUUUGCCAAAUUGUAAAAAUGUCGAAACGCGGUGCUGAUCAUCAAAUUACAAAGGAUCAGGAUGAAUCUGAUGAUGAUCGCAGUGGUUCUGUUGAACUAGCGACCGAAGCAUCUGCCGAUGUCAUUGCCUCUAGAAAAAUUGCUAAACCUAAAACAAGGAAACGACCUGCUGGAAUGUCUCAGCAGGCUGGGCUUUUUUCAGGAUUGGCAAAACCAGAGGCUGCUAAAUCUGUUGCCUCUCCCUUUACAUUUGGAAAACCGACAAAUGUUGCUUCCUCGACAGACAAAUAUGACACAUUAUUAAAGAAACGAGGAUUGAACAAAGCAUUUUUGGGUAGCGUACAAAAAAGUUUAGAAAAUGAUCCAUUCGGAAAUCUUUCUGUUUUAAUGGAAGAAUACAAAAAGCAUCUUUUUUCCAUUGAGAGCUCAGUAUCUUCUGCAGACAAAGAUAAACUACAAAAUGAAGCUGUAAAGCCAUCUUCAGAGGCGGAAUCUGUAAAAUCUUCUCAAAUGGAUUCUAGCAAGAGUCCUAAGGAUAAUGAAGUGAAGCCCUCUGAAACUACUUCUACUAAACCAUCCGAAUCUACUUUACCUGUCCCAGGUGCUCCACGUUUUGGAUUCUCCGCUCCUGAUCUUAGCAAAUCUUUUCAGUUCAACCCUUCUUCACUUACUCCUACAGGUCCUUUAGCUGCCUUCAAUAAGGAAAUCAGUAAACCGGAUGAAGAGAAAAAAUUACCUUUUGGAUCAGAAGCUCAGACCAAGAACCCUUUUUCUUUUGGUCAAAAACCUUCUUUCACUCCCACAUUUUCCUUCCAAAAGACUUCACAAGAGCAACAAGAAAAGAAGCCAAGCACUAAUUUAAGCACCGAAAACAAAGAGGAGGAGGAUGCUGAGAAGAAGGGAUUCAAUUUUUCAUGGGAUCCCAGCAAGCCUAUUAAAUUUGAAGCUCCUGAGAAAAAGUUUACUUUUACAAACCCUUUAUCAGCUAAAAAGCCAACUCCAACUCCUGAAGUGAAUCCUCCUAGCGCUGCAUCGAUUGGCUUCUCUUUCGGUACUAAUCCUAAUCCAUUCUCUUUUGCAGCUAAAUCUCCCGCUAGUGUAAAUAACGAAGCAGGUUCCGAUAAAAAGAAUGAGGAAGAACAGCAAUCUGAGACCGUUGAGGAUGACAAAGAAGAGGAUAAAAAAAUUGAAGAAAGGCAGGACAGUUCUUUAGCGAUUAGUAAAGGUCAAGGUGAAGAGAAUGAAGACAGUAUUUUCGAAACGAGGGCCAAACUUUAUCUCUUUAAUAGCACUACAAAGUCUUAUACAGACAUUGGUCUCGGCCCCUUAAAAUUAAAUGUUGAUAGAACUACUAAUGCCGCCAGACUUCUUGCACGCGUUGAUGGUAACGGUAAGCUUCUUUUAAACGUUCGUUUAUGUAAAGACUUUGAAUAUAAGAUGGCUGGAGAGAAAGCUUUGACUGUUCCAGCAGCUUCUGAAGAUGGAAAAGCUUUGGUAACCUAUUUGGUUCGCGUUAAAGAAAAAAAUACAGCUGAGCAACUAGUAAAAAAUUUGAACGAAAAGAAGGGUCUUUUAUAAGUAGUAUACACUGGAAGAUGGCCGUGUACUUCGUCAUAGACUUUGCUAUGAGUUUGGCUUGUAUUUUAAGAGUGUAUUGAUUCACUUAAAUACUGGAUGGGCAUGCUUUAAGUGGUUUUGUAAAAAUGAAUUAAUUAGAUACGAAAAGAAUAUAUUUUGAUUACACUGAACCAGCUCAGAAUUACUCUAAAAUCCUCGACUCAACC